AGGAAAAUGUCCGAUUCUGACUUGAAAGAAAUUGAAAAAAAUGCGGAAAAUAUAAAAUUAGAACCAGCUGAAGAUGAAGUGAAUGAAGAAGAUCAAAAUGAAAUCACAAUUCCAGAAUUACCGGAGGGUAGAGUUUUAGAGCUCAGGUUACUUUCAAAUUGGGGAGAUUCUCAUUAUAUUGGUCUAAAUUCUGUCGAAAUAUUCACGUCAACAGGAGAAAGAGCUGUUAUAGACAAAGUUACAACAAAUGUGACUGAGUACACUGGAAGUCUCGAAUCUCUGAUUGUUCAACGAGUUCAUUGCAAAGACGCCGAAAAAAUGUGGUGUGCCAAAACGACGGAAGAGAAAAUAGUUCUAACUUUGGAACUCAAAGAAACAUGCAAACUUGCACUUAUCAGAUUUUGGAAUUACAAUGCAUCAAGAGUUCAUGCUCAAAUUGGCGUCCGUUACCUUGAAAUGUAUUUGGAUGGAGUUGGGAUAUUUCGAGGAGAACUUGAAUGUGCAUUCUCCGCUGAUUCUGAGUUUACACCUGUAAUGGGGGAGACUGUUCUUUUCACUACUUCUGAUAAUAUAUUGGAGCUCAUUGCUCUUCACGAUGUUUGCUUGAUAAGUUUACCUGAAGAACCAAUUUCAAAUUCAUCAAUAGAAAUGUUAAAAGCGGAUCAUUUAACACCAUAUAGGCCUUCAACUUGUGAAGCAAAAGAUGCUCCAUCAACUCCUGUUACCAUAGUUCCACCUCCAAUAUUCAGGCAAACUGGGACAGCUUAUAAGCACGAUGUGAAAACUCUUCAUAUUGAACUACUUUCCAAUUGGGGAAUGGAUGGUUUGAUUGGACUUACUGGACUAGAACUUGUGGAUGAACAUAGCCAAUUGAUUGAUGAGUCACAGUACACAGUGACCACUUCCGAUGGAAAUUCUGAUCUAUCUAAAAAACUUUUCAACGGUCGAAACCUAACUCGUGAUCCUCAUGACAUGUGGCUUGUUGACUUUGAUUCAAAGAAUUUUACAACAAUUUCAAUAACUUUUCAUGACAACGUUGCUCUGAAAGCAAUUUCCGUCUGGAAUUAUAAUGCUAGUUUUGAACUUUCAUACGCCGGAGUUAAGGCAGCUAAGAUUUACAUAAAUGGAAAAUUGAUCAAGAAUGUUUUAUUACGAAAAGCUACUGGAUUCGUAUACUUUGAUUAUGUGCAAGAUGUGGUUCUUGACCCAAAUAACACUGAAAGAGAUUUUGUGCCAAAGGGAAUAAGUCAAAGUAUUGGUGGAUUCGUAUUUCAAAUUCGUCUUUUAUCUACAUGGGGUGAUGAGUUCUACAUUGGACUCAAUGGAAUUGAACUUUAUAAUCGGAAAGGAGAACUCAUGAAAAUUAGAGAACAUAACUUGGCAGCAUUUCCAGAAAGUGUAAACAUUCUUCCAAAUAUAAAAAAUGAUUUGCGUACUUCAAAUAACCUAAUCACACAACCUAAUGAUACUGACAUAGCAAGAAAUAUGUGGCUGACAGCUCUUCUUCCGAAUAGAUGUGCUCGAGUCUUUUUUGUGUUUGAUGUUCAGACAUAUAUCUCAAAAAUUGUAAUCUACAAUUAUCGCAAAACCCCUGAACGCGGGGUUCGACAUAUUUCAGUAACUGUGGAUGAUUUGAUAAUCUUCUCUGGUGAAAUUCCAUCAAGCACGGCCACUUUAACUGGAAAUCUCGAGAUUAACUUAAUGGAUAUUUAGUUUUAUUUGGGAAUCCCAAUCUGUAGAACCGGUUUUCAAUUGUGAUUGUGUCCUCUCUUUUUGUUGAAUGACCAUGGUGUUGAAAAAACUUUCAAUAAAUUGAUUUUUUUCG